AAGGACACAACUCAUUAUAAUGAUAAAAUCAUUUAAAUAAUGAAAGUAGUGCUUUAUAUAGGAGGCCUAAACCAGCUAGCUUUACAUUAUGAGCAGCUAAUUAUUGAAAAAUAAUGCUUCCAAAAUCUGGGGUUAUACGACUCCUCUGUUUCUUCUAUCUGCUCCUUUCUGUUCAUAGCAAUGAACAGGAAGAAGUGGUGAAUAGAUCCAUGUUUCCUGAUGAUUUCAUAUUCGGCGUUGCCACUUCUGCUUAUCAGAUAGAAGGAGCAUAUCUUGAAGAUGGGAAAAGUGAAAACAAUUGGGAUGUUUUUACUCAUGGUCCUGGGAACAUUGAGAGUGGAGAUAAUGGAGAUGUGGCUGAUGAUCACUACCACCGCUACAUGGAAGAUAUUGAAAAUUUAGAGUUUCUUGGAGUAAAUGCAUAUCGUUUCUCAAUCUCAUGGAGCAGAAUUCUACCACAAGGAAGGUUUGGUGCGGUUAACCCAAGUGGGGUCAUGUUCUACAACAAAAUUAUUGACAAUCUUCUGCUUAAAGGAGUGGAACCUUUUGUGACGAUACAUCACAAUGACAUGCCACAGGUGCUUGAGGAAAAAUAUGAAGCUUGGCUUAGUCCUCAAAUACAGGAAGAUUUUGUAUUAUUUGCAAAGACAUGCUUUGAAAAUUUUGGUGAUAGAGUGAAGAAAUGGGCUACAAUAAAUGAACCUAAUAUACAUGCGGAGUUUGGUUACAUGAGAGGUGAAUUUCCACCACAACGUUGUUCCCUUCCGUUUGGUAAUUGUUCACUUGGUAACUCAGACCUUGAACCUUUAAUUGUUGCUCACAACAUGUUGAUCUCACAUGCUAAAGUCGUUCAACUUUAUCGACAGAAAUUUCAGCCAACGCAAGGUGGUAUCAUUGGGAUAGUAUUGCAUGCGUUCCAUUAUGAGCCCUACACCGAUGAUAAAUUUGGUCACCAAGCUGUAGAAAGAGCCUAUACCUUUUAUAUUGCCUGGAUAUUAGAUCCCUUGAUAUAUGGAGAUUAUCCUCCUUUGAUGCAUGAAAUUCUGGGAAAAAAUUUGCCUAGUUUUGGGGAAGAUGAGGUAGAGUUGGUGAAAGGAAGUGUGGAUUUCCUGGGUAUAAAUCACUACACUUCCUUUUAUGCAAUUGAUUGUUUACAUUCCACAGAUUGUCUUCCAACUGAAAAUCGCGCCAUUCGAGGUUUUGCUGGAAGAACUAUUGCUCGAGAUGGUGUUCCGAUUGGAGAUGAGAUGGGCGUAUUUGGAUUUCAUGUUGUACCAUAUGGAAUGGAGAAGCUUUUAAACUAUGUUAGUAGGAGAUAUCCUAACACAAGUAUUUAUAUCACUGAAAAUGGAUACUGCCCACCAAGCUACCUUCAAGAAUCGGAAAUGCUACAUGACUUCAAUAGAAUUAAAUAUUAUCAAACAUACCUUGCUUCUGUGGUGCAAGCCAUGAGGAAAGGAGCAAAAGUAAAGGGGUAUUUUGCAUGGAGUUUGAUGGAUAACUAUGAAUGGUUACAAGGUUAUAAUAUCACCUUUGGACUUUAUCAUGUGGAUCGUAAAACAUUAACCAGAACACCCAAACUCUCUGCAAAGUGGUAUGAAGGUUUUAUUGCAAAUCGUGAAACAACCAAUAUUUCUUCAUUCUAGCUCCUUCUACUAUCAUGUCUUAUAUAACUCUUAAAAGAUAACCAGUUUGUGCACUAGAACUCUUUUUUCUUUUAUUGUUUUAUUGAAUAUCAACUUUAAUUUUGUUAUCUCAUUAUAACUUUAAAUAGAUAAAACAUAUGAAUACUAUGACUUAUUUUGAAAGGACAUUCAUAAAA